GAACACAGGAAGAGCUGAUCGUAUCUAAAGAAAGAGUUGAGAGCAUAUAAUGAAGAGGAAGACUGACAGAAAGAGAAGAUGGCUGAUGAGUGUGAUCUGUGUCUGCUGGGACUCAUCUUUCUCUCUUCACUUCUCUCAGGUUCCAGUGAAGUGGAUGUGACUCAUGUGUUCAUCAGUUCUGGUCAAAAUGUCCGUCUGUCCUGUAAUAAUGCUCUUCAUGACUGCAAAUCAACAUAUUGGAUCUAUAACAGAUUCAGUCAUUCAGCAGCAGUUGAACUGAUUAAUUCAGGGAUAAAGAAGAAAGACACAGAGAGACAUGAGAGACUGAGUCUGGGGUCUGACUGCUCUCUGAACAUCAACAACAUCACAGAAGAAGAUUAUGGACUUUACACCUGCAGACAAUAUGUGAAUAAACAACAACAAGGAACUGAUGCUCGUGUGUUUCUGCAUGUUCUUCACGUCUCUUCAUCUUCAUCAUCCUCACAGACUGAGAUCAGUGCAGGCCGCUCUGUGACUCUCUUCUGUCAGCUGUAUUCAGAUGCUGGAGUCUCUUGUGAUGAUUGGAUCCGUUCUGAGGGAAUUGAGCUGUUCUGGGUGAAUCAGGCUGGUGUUAAACUGAAGAUAUCAGACUCCAGAUAUCAGAUAUCAGCAUCAGAUCACUGUAACAUCACUCUGACUACAACACUCCUGAAUGAAGAUCACAACAGAGAGUGGAGAUGCAGUGUUACUCACAGAGAUCGAGUCCAGAGCUCAGUCACAUAUACUGUCAAGAGUUCAGCUCGAGAUGAUCCAGCGUCACCAGUGAUUCCAGUCCACAACACAAAAUCAACUACAACGACACCAAUAACUUCUACACAAGAAAGUGAGUAUUCAUUAAACACCCCAAACUCUGAGAGCACUGCAGCUGCACAAACACCUGUAUUUACUGAACAACAAGUAACGUCAGCUACAGCAACAACACUGAAUCCAGACACUGCACCAAUCUCUCUGAAAGAAGUGAUUGUGAUUGUUGUCGGCGCUUCAUUCGCUCUUCUCAUUCUUGCUCUGAUUAUUUGGCUGAUUCAUAAAAAAAGAGCCGGUGUCAGAAGAGCGACUCAUGACUCUGUGGAGCAGACAGAUGAUUUGACUUACAUUGUUUACUGCGUACAGUAAAAACAGAGACAAAAAGAAGAAGCAGGGUGGAUUAUUGUAAUGGUCUCCUUCCAAAGAAGAGCAUUAGACAGCUGCAGCUCAUCCAGAACGCUGCUGCCAGGAUUCUGACUAGAACCAGAACAUCUGAGCAUAUCACACCAGUCCUCAGGUCCUUACACUGGCUUCCAGUUACAUUUAGGAUUGAUUUUAAAGUACUUUUACUCGUUUAUAAAUCUCUAAAUGGCCUAGGACCUAAAUACAUUGGAGAUAUGCUCACUGAAUAUAAACCUAACAGACCACUCAGAUCAUUAGGAUCGAGUCAGUUAGAAAUACCAAGGGUUCACACAAAACAAGGGGAGUCCGCUUUUAGCUAUUAUGCCGCCCGCAGUUGGAAGCAGCUUCCAGAAGAGAUCAGAUGUGCUAAAACAUUAGCCACAUUUAAAUCCAGACUCAAAACUCAUCUGUUUAGCUGUGCAUUUGAUGAAUGAGCACCGUGCUACGUCUGAACUGAUUGCACUAUAUAUAAUCACUUUCUAAUCUUAACUGUUUUAAAUUCUUUUUAAAUCAAUUUUUAAAUCACUUUGUUUUUAUUGUUGUGAUUUUUAUUAUUUUUAAUUUCUUAUUAUUUUUAAUAACUAUUUCACUUCCUUUUAUGUAAAGCACUUUGAAUUACCAUUGUGUAUGAAAUGUGCUAUAUAAAUAAACUUGCCUCGCCUUACAUGCUGUAAUAAUUGUGCAUUAAAACAGUGACUGUGAUGUUGAUUCAGGUUCGCUGUGAUGAUAAAGUGACUUAUGCUUCCAUCAGAGGAUCAAAAGCUGGAGAUCAGCAAAACUGCAGUCAACUUUAUGCCUCUGUGAACAAGAACCAUCACAAAUCAGACAAAUAAUUAUACAGAAAAUAUACUAAUUAUGAGAACAGGUAAAGCUACACGAUGAAGUGAGUGUUUAUUACAAUAUGACAGCAAUGAUAAUCUGGUGUUUGAACCAUUUGAGCAGCUGUUUGUAAUAUUAUGUUUUAUUUGUCAACAAUAAAAAGCCUUUAUCAAACACGUAUAUGUAUGGUGUUAUUAUCCAUCAUUAUUAUAUAAGCUAGGUCAAGAUAAAUCUGUUCAUUUCUGCUGGAUCUGUCAGUUUUUCUAAGUGUCAGUUGAUUAUUAUUCAGCAAACACAAACUAUAUAAAAACAGCAGUAUUUCCAGCUCAGAGUCUGAAUUCACUCGCUCGAGUCCAGUGGACUGUAUUAGUGGACUAAUGUAGGGAAUAUGAAUGAGGGUACAGGUAUGAUUUCACAUACAGCCGGAGUAUUUUACUAUAUAGGGAGCCCCCAGCUGUGUGUAUAUAUCAAUGAUAACAACAAAUAUAACACAUUUUUCAUCAUCUGCAUCUGUCAUGUAAUGAUUUUUAUGAAGCCUUAACUUCAACUGCACACAGAGAUUAUGAUUCUUUAAAAUAUGCCAGUGAUGGCUUUCUUCAUGUCUGAAACCAGUGUGCUCAAAGCAGUGGCUGCAAAAAAAAAAAAAAAAGGCUGCUCAUUGCUCUGUGUGUGUGUAUGUGUGUGUGGUCACUCCUCAUAUGUGAUGUUGGUGGUGUGUGUGUGUGUGUGUA